AUGGCGGAGUUUGUGGGAGAACGCCGUAGUACUUUUCCAACAAACAGGGAGGUUGCAGAAAGCAGAGGUGUGUGUCGGGUAAAAAAUGGAUCCACGCUCACCAAGUACAGAUUCGUAGGAUCAAAGUUGUCAGAACGUAAAAUCGUUGACCCACUCUUUUGUAGGCGCGUGUUGGACACUAGUGCCAAGCAGUGGGCUGUUUCGAGUACAUGCUUCACUGCGCGUGAUUCUCAGAUCACUUUUAGCAUAGAAUGGCGAGACCGUCCAAUCCAGAAAUGCAUGGCAGCUUUGAGUGCAGCAAUAAAACGAAGCAGGGAGUAA